AUGGAGGCCAUUAUUACUUCGAGAAGUGGAAACGAAGUUCCCCAACCUAAGAUACUCAUCGAUAGACAACCAAUUGUCCUGGCACCUGAAGUUACGACUGAGACAUAUGAAGUCAAAGAAAAAUCAGAGGAAGCGAGCGUAGAAGUAAAGAACGUUAAUGAGGAGACCGAGACCAAUAAGGAGUACCAACCUGUGAGUGACUUCUCCUCUCUCAGCCAGGAUAUGAGGUCUGGCCUCCAGAUCCUUUGGGAAAAGGUAUCCUUACUUGAUCAGCGUCUCAUCCGGAUUGAGGAAUAUCAGGCUAGCACCUCCCGAGGUGGAGAUCCCAUGGACACCAGUUCAGCUCCUCAGAGUGAUAAUGAGGAUUCUGAGGAGGGCAGUGAUGAAGAAGAGGAAGGUGAUGAGGGAGAAGAAGGAAAUGAGGAAGAGAAGGAUGAUGAGGAAUCUCAAGAGGAAGAUGAUGCUAAUAGUUAA